AGGUUCCAUGAGACCACAGAGCGCUAGCGCAUUAGCUGCUACAACACUGGUGUUCCUCUCUUUGAUCUGCAACAUCCAACUUUUGGUCUCGGUCACGGGCUUGUCCAGCUUUGCGAUGGAUAAUUCCCCAAGUAAGCCAGAGCUCGGUGCUGCUGCUGGUGCCGCCGGCAAUCCAGAGGUUGUACUCCCUGAUGCUGCCAACGUUGAGGUCAAUAGUGUGCCAGCGGUUGAUGAUCAACACCCAGACCCAGCAGACGUAUUGGCUUGGGCAUUAAGACAGGGUCAAAUUCAUGCGGACCCACUUAUGCAAAGGCUGGAAACUGUUGGAGCGCUGCUCGACAUAGAAAUGCAGAUUGUUCCCCCAGUGCCCCACCAAGUGAUCUUGGUUGCACUGGACCAGCUUGCCAUGCUGCCUAUGCCUGCCGCCGAUCCUGCUCCUCCCGAAGCCUCACAAGAGAUUGAUGUAGAUACCGAGGGGGUGGAAGGUGAUGUGCCGCCACCCCCGGCAAGUCCCUGAGCCACAUAUAUAAGCUGCCGAUUGCAAUCGACUAUUUUACUAUCUAUGUCUGGGAAUAAUUAAUAAAUAUCGGCAGUAUUAUGAUUUUA